UUAAUUCUCUUCUCUCCUUCUCUCUCUAACUAGAUUUAUUUACAAAGGAAAAUACUGAGCAGCUAAAUUUAUUUACAAUCGAAAAGGGGUGAGGAAAAUCAGGAAGAAUAUUGGGGAACAGAGAGAGAAAAAGAAAGAGAGAUGGGUAUGCAUAUGGGUGGAUAUAUAUUGGGGGUUAGGGCGUAUGUACAUGAGAAUUAAUCAUUGAGGAACAAUAAGAGCAUGCCGGAUCGAUUCUCUUCUUUUUCAUUAAAAAACAACAGCAAGUACUACAAUAGAGGAGAAGCAAAAUAGGCCUAUGGAUUGAUUGUUUUCUUCUCUCUACAUCUCCGGAUUGUAGCUGUCCCUCUGGAUACUUUCCUCUUGUUUCUUUAUGGCUUGUAUCUGAAGGUUUUCAGGGUACUAGAGUGGAGAUUUGCUUCUGUUGAAGAAGAUCACAAAGAUAGAGCAAACAACUGCAGCUGCAUAAAGAGAUUGUUGACGAUGGCCGCCCCUUCCUCAUCGGCGCCUUUUUUCGGAACGAGGGAAGAAGAACAAACCCAAAUGAUACAACAACAAUCCUCCACACCCACUUCCUCCACAGCUCCAACUGCAGCAGCACCCCAAAAGCGAAAGAGAAAUCUUCCAGGAACACCAAAUCCAGAUGCGGAGGUGAUUGCACUAUCUCCCAAGACCCUAAUGGCAACAAACAGGUUCAUUUGUGAGGUAUGCAACAAAGGGUUUCAAAGGGAGCAAAACCUACAGCUACACAGAAGAGGACACAACCUGCCUUGGAAGCUAAGGCAGAAGACUACAAAAGAAGUGAGGAGGAAGGUGUACCUAUGCCCCGAGCCCACAUGCGUCCACCAUGACCCUUCUCGAGCUCUUGGCGACCUCACUGGCAUCAAAAAGCACUAUUCUAGAAAACACGGCGAGAAGAAAUGGAAGUGCGAUAAGUGCUCCAAGCGAUACGCCGUGCAAUCCGAUUGGAAAGCCCAUUCCAAGACCUGUGGUACUAGGGAAUAUCGAUGCGAUUGUGGCACUCUCUUCUCAAGGCGCGAUAGUUUCAUCACUCACCGGGCAUUCUGCGAUGCACUGGCUCAGGAGAGUGCGAGGAAUCCUCCCAGCUUGACCAACAUGGGUGGCCAUUUAUAUGGAACCAGCCAAAUGACCUUGGGCCUAUCUCAAGUGGGUUCCCAGAUUGCUUCACUCCAUGAUCAGAACCAUCCAUCCAGUAACAUUUUACGCCUGGACAGUGCCGGAGCAGCAAAAUAUGAACACCUCCUUCCUCCAUCUAACCCUUCAUUUGGAAAGCCCCAGCAGCCAAUGCCUUCGUCGGCAUUCUUUAUGCCAGAUUCAAACCAAGGCUAUCAAGAACACCAAUCUCAUCAUGGUUUAUUGGGGAAUAAACCAUUUCACGGGCUGAUGCAAUUCCCGGAUCAUCAAGGCAAUGCCAACAACUCUCCUUCUGCUGCUGCCAAUCUCUUUAACCUUGGUUUCUUUCCGAAUAAUAGUACCAGUAGCAGUAUUAGUAAUAGCAACAAUGCCAACAAUUCAACCACGCUUCCGCCGUCAGGGUUCUUAAGUCCGGAUCAGUUUAACAAUGGGAACGCCAGUGGCCAAGGAACAACGCUGUUCUCCAGUAGCAUGAGUGAUCACGUCGGCUCGGGUCUAUCUUCUCUCUAUAGCACUUCGAUGCAACAGGAAAGCCUUGCCCCACAUAUGUCUGCAACUGCAUUGCUCCAAAAGGCUGCUCAAAUGGGUCCAACUACAAGCAGUAAUAGCUCCUCAUUGCUAAGAGGCUUGGGCGGCUCUUCAUCAACCGGCGCUAAGUCUGAUAGGCAACUCCUCUCUUCCAACUUCAGCAGCCUAAGGUCACAGAUGGAAAACGAAAAUCAUCUCCAAGGAUUAAUGAAUUCACUUGCAAACGGAAACUCUUCUAUCUUUGGAGGAUCGGGCCAUGCACAAGAAAAUAACUUCGGUGGCUUUAAUGGGAGAGGGAUCACAUUGGAACAGCAGCACAAGAACACCAACUUCUCCAAGGUUGAUGAUGCUAAGUUGCAUCAAAGUCUUGGUGUCAGCAUGGGGGGAUCUGAUAGAUUAACACUCGAUUUUCUGGGUGUGGGAGGGGUGGUAAGAAACGUGGGUGGUGGGUUCUCGCAGAGAGAACAGCGACACGUUGUCGAAAUGAGCUCUUUGGACUCUGAAAUAAAGACUGCGGCAGCAGCGCAGGGAAGUCGGCCAUUUGGAGGUGCAAAACUGCAGUGAAGAUAAAACCUAAGGAGCAAGAAAGAACGAAAGAAAGAAAAGGAAAAUGCAGGUUUAGAUGUGCAUGUGUGGUGAAUAUGUAGGAAGAAACUAUGAUUUAGUUCUUUUACUUCCGUUAGGGUUUCACUGGUAAACUUUUUGAACUAAGGCUUUCUUCCUCUUUAUAUCCAGUUUUAGUUAUUCUCUUGCU